GGCUAUAUUGUAUUAUCUAUGUUGCCAAGGAUAACACGGAUAACAAGGAUCACAGAUAACCAUUCGUUUUGUGUUUCUAGGGUUUUAAUGUUUUACCUCUUUUUAAAGCACUUCAAGCUUGACACUUUGAACUUUGGACCGUUCUUAUCUUAAGCGGCAUAGAGUUCGAUUUAAGUCCUAAGUGUAAAGCUUGACGUGCUCUUGACCCUUUACAACAAUUACAACUAUUGGAGAUGAUUUUUAAACCCGUUACACAUGUUCUAUUUGAUAUGGAUGGAUUGAUAUUGAAUACAGAAAACCUGUAUACAAUAGCAUUUCAAAAUAUACUAUCAAGGUUUGGCAAAGAUUACACAUUCGAGCUGAAGCAGAGACUCAUGGGCUUGCAAUCACUUGAAACGGCUAAACUCAUAAUAAAGGAACUGGACCUUCCGAUGACUGUUGAAGAAUUUCUUGAAGAAAGCAACAAAGAGUUUGAAAAACUUUUUCCAGACACUCAAGUCUUGCCAGGUGCUGCUAGACUAAUAGAACAUUUUUCCAAACACAAGGUCCCAAUUGGCCUUGCAACAAGUUCUAGUUUAGAGAGCUACCAUCUUAAAACUGAUAAACACCAUCAACAACUGUUUUCACUGUUCCCGUACAAGACAUUUGGGUCAUCAGAGCCAGAGGUGAAAAAUGGAAAGCCCAGUCCAGAUAUAUUCAUUGUCGCAGCCUCUAAGUUUCCACAGCAACCAACACCUGAUCAGUGUCUUGUCUUUGAAGAUGCUGUGAAUGGCGUGAAGGCAGCUAGAGCAGCUGGCAUGCAAGUAGUCAUGGUGCCUGAUCCCCGUGUGAAUAAGAAGGACACUGAAGAGGCCACACUUGUCCUGAAGAGUUUAGAAGAUUUCAAACCUGAACUUUUUGGGUUACCACCAUUUGAAAAUGAACAAUAGUUAGGUUGGGAUUAACUUAAGGAUUUAUUGCUAUGAGAACCAGCUUAAACAAUGUGAACUUUGUUUGCGAUGAUAUUUGUUUUAUAAUAAUAAAAUGUUUCAAGGUAUGUUAUGUUACUAGGUUAUUGGUGUAAUUGUUGGUAAUUUGUAGCAGGUGGUAAUUUGUUUAUGACGUUUUUAUUUAGCACACACAUAAUAACACAUUCAAUAAUUUCAUUUUGUUGCUAUUGCAUUUCCACCAUUUAUACAGUAUCUUUUUCAGUCACAAAAUUUUGUA